AUGAAAGCGUCAGUUGAGAAACCAGUGGUCGCUUUCCUUGGACCUAUUGCGUCUUAUUCGCAUCAAGCAGUUCGGCAAGUGUUCCCGGAGGAGAAGUGGGAGCUACGGCCUGUUAGCACCAUCGACGAUGUCUUCGACGAAACCCAGGACGGUCAGGUUACCGCGGGUGUAGUACCAUUUGAGAACUCGACCAAUGGAUCUGUCGUCUUCACACUGGACAACCUUGCCGACCGUGACGGCAAAUACAAGGACAUCAUCGUUGACGGUGAGAUAUUUGUAGAUGUCCAUCACUGCCUACUUGGCCGCAGAGAUCCCAACGACAAGUUGGAAGAGUCUCAAGAUGGAUCUGGUACCUGCACCCCGACAGCAUCGGAUCCCAGCCCGACAAAGCCCAGAUCGAAACCACUCAGUAGUCUUGGCCACCUCAAACGAGUCUACUCGCAUCCGCAAGCAUUCGGUCAAUGUAACGCCUUCAUCUCGACUUAUCUCAAAGGCGUCGAAAUAUUCGAAGUCAGCUCAACGAGCAAGGCUGCCGAAAUCGUCAGUCAGGACACAACUGGAACAUGGGCUGCCAUAUCAAACCAACUAGCAUCAAGCUUAUACGGCCUGGAAUUCUUGGGUAAGAAUAUUGAGGAUCGUCAAGACAACACUACUCGCUUCCUGAUCAUCGGGACCCAAACCGCCGUCCCCGAGGAUUGGGGUUUACAAAAGCAAUCAGCCGCGACGUCAGGGAGCAAGUCUCUUGUCUCGUUGACGGUGCCGCACACUUGUCCGGGCGCUUUGGCUGACGUCCUGGGCUGUUUCCGGGACUUCAACCUGAAUCUAACGAGCAUCAACAGCCGACCCAGUCUCGUGGCCCCUUUCCAGUACAUAUUCUUUGUGGAGUUUGAAGGACACAAACACCACGAUCAGAAUGGCCGUGUGAAGGGGGCUCUGGACAGAAUCAGUCAAUUUGCCCAUGGUUGCCGGUGGUUGGGUAGCUGGGAAAGAUAUCGCUAG